CGGGCGGGGGCGCGCGGGGCGGCGCGGCGUGCCAUCGCAGGACAAAGCCGCCGUGAUCACUGUGGUGCCGGGGGAGGAAGUGCGGCUUGUUUUCUUCGCUCCAGUCUCCCGGCUGCGGGCGGAGCGCGAUGUGCGGAGACCCCCGCGGGGGCGGCGGCGGCCGCGAGCCCCGAUGAGGCCGGAGCGCGCCCGGCCGCGCGGCAGCGCCCCCGGCCCGAUGGAGGCCCCGCCGUGGGCCCCGGCCCGCAAUGACUCCCUGCAGCCCACGCUGACCCCGGCCGUGCCCCCCUACGUGAAGCUCGGCCUCACGGUCGUCUACACCGUGUUCUACGCGCUGCUCUUCGUGUUCAUCUACGUGCAGCUCUGGCUGGUGCUGCGCUACCGCCACAAGCGCCUCAGCUACCAGAGCGUCUUCCUCUUCCUCUGCCUCUUCUGGGCCUCCCUGCGCACCGUCCUCUUUUCCUUCUACUUCAAAGACUUCGUGGCGGCCAACUCGCUCAGCCCCUUCGUCUUCUGGCUGCUCUACUGCUUCCCGGUGUGCCUGCAGUUCUUCACGCUCACGCUCAUGAACCUGUACUUCACGCAGGUGAUUUUCAAAGCCAAGUCAAAAUAUUCUCCAGAAUUACUCAAAUACCGGUUGCCCCUCUACCUGGCCUCGCUCUUCAUCAGCCUCGUUUUCCUGUUGGUGAAUUUAACCUGUGCCGUGCUGGUGAAGACGGGGAAUUGGGAGAGGAAAGUCAUCGUCUCCGUGCGAGUGGCCAUAAACGACACGCUCUUCGUGCUGUGCGCCGUCUCUCUCUCCAUCUGUCUCUACAAAAUCUCCAAGAUGUCCUUGGCCAACAUCUACUUGGAGUCUAAGGGCUCCUCCGUGUGUCAAGUGACCGCCAUCGGUGUCACCGUGAUACUGCUUUACACCUCUCGUGCCUGCUACAACCUGUUCAUCUUAUCAUUCUCUCAGAACAAGAACGUCCAUUCCUUUGAUUACGACUGGUACAAUGUGUCAGACCAGGCAGACUUGAAGAAUCAGCUGGGGGAUGCCGGCUACGUGCUGUUUGGAGUGGUGCUUUUUGUUUGGGAACUCUUACCUACCACCUUAGUAGUGUACUUCUUCCGAGUUAGAAACCCCGCAAAGGACCUCACCAACCCUGGAAUGGUUCCCAGCCAUGGAUUCAGUCCCAGAUCUUAUUUCUUUGACAACCCUCGAAGAUAUGACAGUGAUGACGACCUUGCCUGGAAUAUUGCCCCUCAAGGACUUCAGGGAAGUUUUGCUCCGGACUACUAUGAUUGGGGACAAGAAACCAACAGCUUCCUGGCACAAGCGGGAACUUUGCAACAAGACUCAACUUUGGAUCCUGACAAACCAAGCCAUGGGUCACUCAGAUCCUGAGCUCCACAUUGGUGACUCCUAACAUCUAGAGAGCUAAUUGCAACUCGAAUGUUGAAAGUUAAAAUGAAAAGGAAUAUCAACAGACUGUGAGGUAACUGGCUCUUUAGAGUGUUUUAAGGUCCAGAUGGUGCCUCAAAGAAUCUCUAAGUUGUGCCAAAAGUCUGGGACUUCCUUUCAGUAGGGCACUAAUGUGUACAAUUCAAUGAUAACAAAUUAAUGAUGUUAAAAAUGUAGGUGACUUAUACUAUUAAACCUCCUCUGCUAUAUUCAGAGAUUUUGCAUAGUUCUUUCAGCCCAGUGAAAUCUAAUAUCCAUUACCUCAGGAGUACAGCAAGACUAUACCUUUCCCAACUUGAUGAACAUUCAUUGUAGUCAAGGAGAAAAAAAGAUUCUAAAGCGGGCAUUAAUAAUGUCCUAAGCCCUUGAGCUAAGACUGUGGAAUCCUAAUAAUGUCCUUUAUUUUUAAAUAGCUUUAUAAACAGCCUUUUGGAAACUGCACAUUUAAAAUAUUGCAAUAUGACACACCUGUCUCUUAGCCAUGUAAAGGGCAUGUUCCACACAAUUGCUUAUAAGUCAUAAGUUUCAUGUUAUGAAAUCCUACCUCCCCGACCAGAAGUGCCAUUCUAAAACCUCCACUAUAUACAUUCUGGAGCCAUAAAACUGCCUGUCGGGUGGUCAAAUGCUCCGGUUUUCUACAAAGCAGAGAUAAGGUUCUAAAGGAAGUAUCUUUCUGCUCUGCCUAGGAAAUCUCACCUCGAGACAGAGGGAAGGGCAAAUGAAAAGGAACAUACAUUAAUAAGUCCUGCCUACAUGAUACAACUCAUUUCAGAUGACUCUUACCAUUUUUCUUCAGGAAUAAUUGCUCUCUGGGCAUUGAUUUCACAGAGAUCAAGUCUGCUUCUAUUUUGGUGGUAUUUAAAAUUAGGAUCUCAGGUUUCACAUGGGUCAUGAUUGGGUAUUUUCAUUUUUAUAGAAUAUCUUUAGCCUGCAUAAUCCCACAUAAUAACAGUCUUGCCUUUCAGUAUGUGGGUAAAUUUGGGUCACGUACCAUAUAAAAUAGUUACUUGUCAGGGAAAAUUCUACACCGAAGCAAACCCUGCACUGUUGUUCAGAUUGCCUUAAAAUAAUAUAAGUUAUUCUGAAUAACUUUAAGAAACCCUAUUGGGAUCACACUGUCUUUAUCACUAAUUCUUGGAAGAAUUUAAAGGCUGACUCAGCAUAUGCUUAAAACUCCUUCUAUAUUAGAUCAGUUAAGGGCAGAUAUAUUUUAAAAAAUACAAUGAGAAGAAUCACUAAAAUCAUUGAUUAUAAUCAUAUGUAAACAUAAUUGUUACUGGAAGAAAAAUUGAAAUGCUCAGCAUUAACUGAUAAAAGUCGUAGUCUACUUUCUGGUGAAGUUACUAAUAUUUAUUUAAACUAUUUUUUGUUGUAAAGGAUAAAAAUGUUCUAAGUAUCUAUUUUUUCUUCCCCCUUUUAAAAAAGUAAUGCUAAACCUUUAGGAGUGUUGUAAACACAGAAAUAUUAAAAAUUAUGAUUGAUUUUUUAUCAAACUAUCUUUCUCUCAUAGUAAAUGAUCAUGUAUACCCUGUGAAAUAUUGCAGGAAUGGCAAGGGAAGGAGAAUUAAAAUUGCCUUUACCUUCCUAAUUUACUUGUUCUGCUAGGUACACUAAAAAAAAAUGCUUAUGGGGAAUACUAAAUGCAAAGAGAAGAAAAGGAAUGUUGAUUACUUGUUCUAAAAUAUCCAAAUGUCCUCUUGUUUUAAAGCAACACAAUGAUGUUAAAACUUUGAUAGUUUGAAAGAGUAUAUAGGGAAAAGACAUCACUGAAAAUUUUGUAUCAUUUCUCUAAGUCUGAUGCAACACUAAAAGGCUGCAUGUGAAUGUUUGUAAGUUCUGGAAAUAAUUUCUGUGUCCACCUCUGCAGCUAAGAAUUCCAACUGAUUUGUAUGGAUAUCUUUCAUUGGCUCUUUUUCCCUUUUACAAUUAACCUGUUUGAUUGAGCUGAUGAUUAAAACAUCUGGAAUGUGUUACAAGA